AUGUCGAUGAUAGGCUUACUUGAAGUCUUUAUAGCAUUCCUUUUCUUCUUUGUAUUCCAAUGUUUCUUCUUCCACACGAAAUCUGACGCCGGGCCUAUCCUCAAGGAAUGGCCGUUCCUCAGGAUGCCUCCUGGAAUGCUUGUCCAACUCCCUCGUAUCUACGACUGGACCGUCGAGGUUCUUGAGGCCACUGGUCUCACUUUUUCUUUCAAAGGGCCAUGGUGCACUGGAACGGACUUGUUAUUCACCGCCGAUCCAAGGAAUAUCAAUCACAUACUAAGCUCAAACUUUGGGAAUUACCCUAAAGGACCUGAAUUCAAGAAGAUUUUUGAUGUUUUGGGAGAUGGAAUCUUAGCCGUUGAUCUGGAGCUGUGGGUGGAACUGAGGAAGUAG